UGAUUUUUAUUUGAGAGUACCGGCUCGACAACAUGGCAGACUAUGAGACUGUAUUGACGCAGUCUUUUCCAAAUAUUGACUCGGAAAUCGUUCAUUAUGUGAAUGGAAUGUUAGAAGAUGGCCAUGAUGAUUUUCAGACGUCAGAAGAUUUGUAUGAUGCUAUUGGAGGAAUCCUGCAGGGAACUGAUGAUAGCAAGACAGAUGAUGAAAUCAAAAAUAUCUGUGGAAAUCUGCACUCCUUAAUGUCAUUGACCCAGAAUAAAGAUUCAGCUACUUCAGUCAAUAAGUUACUGAAUGCUCCUGUUCAGUUAUCAAGCCUUCACACGAGCAUAGAGAAUGUCAAACAGUCUAAUAGUAUAUGGAUAUCCAAAAGAGACAGCAACACACUUGUUGACCAAAAGAAGUUGGAUAAAGCAGAGGCUCAGAUAAAGAAAAAACAGGAAAGGAAAUCCGACAACAAAAUUAAACUGAUUGUACGUGAGGAGGCAACAGCUUGUCAACAGAUAAACAAGAAAGAUGUGAAGUUGGAUUCUUCAGGGACGAACAGAUCCUAUGAUAUCAAAAUAGAAAAUUUUGAUAUUGCAUUUGGAGAAAAACAACUUAUCUCAGGAGCAUCCAUCCACCUAGUAUAUGGGAGGAGGUAUGGUUUUGUUGGAAGAAAUGGACUCGGGAAGACAACAUUGCUGAAGAUGAUCUCCAGAGGUAACUUAAUGAUCCCCUCCCACAUUUCCCAGCUCCACGUGGAACAGGAAGUGGACGGGGAUAACACCAUAGCCCUAGAGAGUGUACUGGAGUGUGACGAAGAGAGGAACUCACUCCUGAAGGAAGAGAAGGAAAUUGCCCUCAGGCUGUCCUCAAGCCCUACUGGUUCUGAUAACAUGUUGUCUACAAGGCUGACUGAGAUCUACCACCAACUGGAGGCCAUCGAGGCAGACAAAGCCCCAGCCAGAGCAAGCAUCAUUCUUGCUGGUCUUGGAUUUACACCAGCAAUGCAAAAAAUGCCGACCAAGGAAUUUUCCGGAGGAUGGAGGAUGAGACUUGCCUUAGCCAGAGCUCUAUUUUCACAACCAGAUCUUUUGCUACUUGAUGAACCGACAAACAUGUUGGACAUGAAAGCCAUCAUUUGGCUAGAGAAUUACUUACAGACUUGGAAAUCAACAAUUCUGGUUGUGUCUCACGACCGAUCCUUUUUAAACUCGGUGGCCACAGACAUUUUACACUUACACAAUGGUGCAAUAGACAAUUACCGUGGUAACUACGAGUCAUUUAACAAAACUCGCGAAGAAAGGCAGAAAAGUCAACAGAAAGAGUAUGAAGCUCAGAAAGAAUACAGAGACCAUAUACAGGUGUUUAUAGAUAGGUUCCGAUACAAUGCAAAUAGGGCAUCCCAAGUACAGAGCAAACUGAAGCUGUUAGAAAAACUGCCAGAAUUGAAGCCAAUUGAGAAAGAAAGUAAAGUCACACUGAAAUUUACUGACUGUGAAUACCUACAACAGAAUGUGUUACAGCUGGAUGAAUUAGACUUUUACUACACGAAGGAGAAACCCAUAUUUAAAAAUAUCAAUCUCAACACUCAGUCUGACUCCAGGAUCUGUAUUGUGGGAGAAAAUGGUGCUGGUAAAUCUACCUUGCUGAAGAUCUUAUUGGGAGAAUUGGACCCAGUGCGGGGCUGGAGGAAAGCUAAUAGGAACCUGUGUGUAGGCUACUUCAGUCAGCAUCAUGUGGAUCAGCUGGACAUGACUCUGACAUCCAUAGAACUGAUGGCAGAACGCUACCCAGGUAAACCCACAGAGUUGUACAGGAAUCGACUGGGAGCUUUUGGCGUGUCUGGGGAGCUUGCCACUCGACCAGUGUCCAGUCUGUCGGGAGGUCAGAAGAGCCGGGUGGCAUUCGCUGUGAUAGACAUGCUGAAUCCCAAUUUCCUAAUUCUUGAUGAACCUACAAAUCAUCUGGACAUGGAGACAAUAGAGGCCUUGGGGAAUGCAAUAACGAAGUUCCAGGGAGGGGUAGUGUUGGUGUCGCACGAUGAGCGGCUGGUGAGGAUGGUUUGUAGGGAACUCUGGGUUGUAAAGGAUGGCACUGUAAAGUCCCUGGAUGGAGGUUUCGACGAGUACCGCAACAUUGUGGAAAAAGAACUUGCCGAAAAUGGAGUUUGAUGACAAUUUAUAUCUAGUCUCUAUAUUUAUUGCUGCCCGUGUGUUGAAACUUUUAAUUCAAGAACUUCAAAAGUAUAUGGUGUGGAAAAAAAGUACUGUUUCAACAUGAUGCGUUAAAAGAGUUGAAACACUCUUACAUACAUACUGUGAAAAAUAAGACAUGACUCCGUGGUUUGCCAAGUGGUCUGCAGCUUUUGGCUUUUACGUUGUCUGUGAUAACCUGUACAUGUUUCCUCUAGUGGAAGUAGGCUCUGUACAUUUUAUUGCCUGUCGUUUUAAGAUAGGACACACGAGUUAUUACAUGAUUUUUUUUUAUAUAUUUGUGCAGUUACCCAGAUUGAUCAUUGACGAUAUUGAGUUAAAAAACUGAUUCAGAAGGGCAUUGUUUUAGAAUCAUGCAAGGUAAUUAAUGUUUUCAGGUUUAUGGAUUCCCAAAUUGUUUUUUUUUCUUUCAAAGAUACAUAUUCUGAAUUCUGUAAAUGUGUUACAAUUAUGCAUAAUGUUAAAGACUCGCUCUUUCUAUUGUUACACUGUGUACAUUGGACUUGUAUUACAAUAUCUUUAAUACAGCAAAGUGAAAUUUUCUUUCGUUAUAGGCUAGAAUAUGUAUAUUCUAUAAAAUGUCUGUGAAGUACACAGGACCAAGAA